UCUUCUCUCUACCCAUUCAUAAUAAUGAACUUUUUUCCAUUCCAUUUCGAGCCUAAGUCAUCUCUUUCUAUAUUCCUCAACACCUCUUUCCUUUUUCUAGUACUCUUAUUUUACAGUCUCACUUCCAAUGGUCUUAGCCAAUCCCAAAUUAGACACAUCCAUUUAUCAAACACUAAUAAUAAUGAUUGCUCCAACUUACAUAAAUUUAGUGAUGCACAAUCUAAAUGUACCUACAUAAAAGAAAACAUCAAUUCUUGUUCUACAAAAGGGUAUUUGAAUUAUCUUGAAUUUUUCUACUGCUCUUUGGGUUGGUUGCCACUAUUAGGGUACGUUCUCCUAGUCGUAUGGCUUAUUUUGUUAUUUUAUUUGUUGGGUAAUACAGCGGCGGAGUAUUUCUGCCCUUGUGCAGAAGGAUUAUCUAAAGUCAUGAAUCUUUCCCCUGCUAUAGCUGGAACAACUCUUCUCCCUCUAGGAAAUGGGGCUAACGAUGUAUUUUCGAGUAUCAUUUCUUUUACUCAAUCAAGCAAUAGUGGCACUGUGGGGCUUAAUAGUGUUUUAGGUGGUGCAUUAUUCAUUUCUUGUUUCGUUGUGGGAGUUAUAAGUAUACUAGUGUAUACUACAACGUCCCAAAUUGAACUAAGUAUUGAUAAGCCGAGUUUUAUUAGAGACGUGUUGUUCAUCAUUUUCACACUAUCGUGUCUGCUCGGGAUCAUUGUUUUCGGGAGGGUUACUUUGUGGAUAGCAAUUUGUUUCUCAUGUAUUUAUGUCGUUUACAUUUGCGUCGUAUGUGCUAUGCAUUUCCUUAUUAGUAAGACGGAAGGAGUUAAAAAUGUAAACUCACUUUGCAUAGAAGAUGAUCAUGUAUUUGAUUGCGAUAUUGGUGUACCAUUGUUAGGGUGUAUUGAUGAUGAGGAAAAUUGCUCUAGUGAGAAACAAAUAACACAGAUAAAUUCCUCUACAUCUUGCUGCAAAUUGAUCUUAAAUCAUUUUCUUAGUGUUUUGGAAUUGCCCCUUUACUUGCCAAGAAGGUUAACCAUCCCUGUUGUUAGUGAGGAAAGUUGGUCCAAGCCAAUGGCGGUAAUUUCAGUAACAAUAGCACCAAUUCUGGCAACAUCUGUUUUAAGUCAUCCAGGAGAAAUCAUAGACGUUUCCAAGGCGAAUUUAAUCAUUGGCAUGAUAUCAGUUUUUGUUGGACUUAUUCUAGGGAAUGUGGCAUAUUUGUCUACUCAAAAAUCUAGUCCUCCAAAGAAAUGCUUGUUGAUUUGGCUCCUUGGAGGAUUUAUUAUGAGUACUACAUGGACAUAUAUUCUUGCACAAGAAUUGGUUUCUUUGCUAGUUUCAUUUGGAUAUAUUCUUGGAAUAAAUCCUUCAAUUUUAGGACUCACUGUCCUAGCUUGGGGUAACUCAACAGGGGAUCUAAUAUCAAAUGUUGCUAUGGCAUUGAAUGGUGGAAAAGCUGGUGUGCAAAUGGCAAUAUCAGCUUGUUAUGCUGGCCCAUUAUUCAAUACCUUGAUUGGUUUAGGUGUUUCUCUUGUGCUUGCAUCAUGGUGGGAGUAUCCAACUUCUUAUGUGCUUCCAAAAGAUCAUUUCCUCUUUGAAACUUUGGGAUUUCUUAUAGUAGGCUUACUAUGGGCUCUUGUCAUUUUGCCUAAGAGAAAUAUGCAACCUGAUCACUUACUUGGUGUUGGACUUUUGGCUAUUUACUUUUGCUUCUUGUUUCUAAGGUUUGCAAAAGGUUUUUAGUAUGGAGUUAUUACAAGCAUUAGUUCAAACACAAAUUAUAUGUAUAUAAUUUUCAUAUUCUGAAAACACAAUGAUGUUUAUAUGAAGUAUACAUGGCUUGUACAAUAAAUAAUAUUUAAUUGGU